AUGGAGAGUGCUGCAAGUGCUACACUUGGUAACAAGGUUAAACAACUUCAUAUUAAUACCAAUUAUUCUCCUCUAUUUAAUUCGUCCUCUAUCUCUCAACAACAUUCGCCUGUAUCUCUAUUACCUCCCUCACUCUCUACAGAACAUCCUCCUCAGCAAGCCUACUCUUCUCCAUUUCCAGAAAACCAAUCAAUGAUGCAGCCAAUUUCAUUUUUGGGCUCACCUGGUUCCUUCCCGAGUCCGCACCACCACCAUGGUCUGGCGAAUCCACCGAUUCCUCCAUACCCAAAACCUGGAAAUUCGUUCAUUGUUGAAAAUAAAUUAUUUUCGCCAACCAUUCCAACUCCAAAUCUCUCAUCACCACAACCUCAAACCACACAAACCAACCAACAAACUUCACAUUACCACAAACAACUACAUCAACAUUUGGAAAACAAACUAUCACAAUUCUGGAGAAACCAGAUAAAAGAUAUUUCAAAGAUGGAGGAUUUCAAAACAACUCAUGAAUUACCUCUUGCAAGAAUUAAGAAAAUAAUGAAAUCCGAUGAAGAAGUAAAUAAAAUAUCAGCUGAAGUACCUAUGUUAUUUUCAAAGGCUUGUGAAUUAUUUAUUUUGGAAAUCACUUUGAGAUCAUGGGUUCAUACUGAAAUGAAUAAAAGAAGAACAUUGCAGAGAAUCGAUAUUGCCAAUGCCCUUUCAAGAUCCGAUGUAUUUGAUUUUCUAAUUGAUAUUGUUCCAAGAGAUGAAAUGAGAGGUCCAAGGCUCGAUAGAAAAUUAUUGGAUGAAAUGCAUAGAGGUAAUUAUAAUCCAGAUUUUCUUCAAUACUAUCAGAUACAACAGAUGGCAGAUAAUCAGGCUGGUAUUAAGAGAUCAUACUCUAUGGAAAUCACUCCAUCCAACUCUGAACAAAUAAGCCCAUCUAGUAGUCCUAAAAAGAGAAGUCUGUCACAUGAUUUUUCAAAUGGAGAGAACGGUGGUCCCACAGUUGGACAACCUACCUCAUACAUGUUUGAAAAUAGCAACAGUAGUAGUAUGCAUGGACUCCACCACAUUGUAGACCAUCACAAUAUGCUGCCACCAUCACCCUCCUAUAAUAUUCCAAGUAUACUAAAUUACAGCAAUCAGAAUAUCUAUCAGCCAGGUGCAACCACUGGAAACGGCAAUUUAAAUGCUAACCACGAAAUACUACAUCACAACAAUAGUAGUCAACCUCAUCACCAUCACUUUUCGAACAGCAGUAACCAUAGCAAUGAGCUGAACCCAAAUGCUCAUCAAUUUCAUCAAUAUUAUUUUCAUGAUGAACAUGGAAAAUAA